UGGACCAUUUGGAAGCCUGCUCGACAACUAGGCUAAUGUCAACGGUCACAAUGGUUUGCACACAACCACGUAAAAACAACAUCUCUUUGUACUUUGGCUUCGUCUUAGCGCUCGGUGCUCUCACCUACUUUCUCGUGCAAUAUCUUUCCUCGCCCACGACACAUCUCACAAGGAAGCUAUCAGAAUGGCACUCGGAAUCGAGAGUGUUUGUAGAGAUACGCAGCUCCACAGCCAGGCCCAUGACCGACCGAGAAAAACUGUCCGAAAUUGCCAACAUCCUCGGGGUGCACGGAAACAUAGAAGAAGAGGAGUACGGAAGGAUGCUGAUUGAAAUCAUAUAUCUAGCUGAAGAUCAGAGAAAACGGGGCACACGAGCAAAAGAUGCGGUGGAAAAAAUUCACGACAUGAUUAUACACCACGCCAAGACGUAUAAAGAAAUGGAACGGCUACUAGAAGAUAUGGACGUUUUGGACAACUUGCAACCUAAACUGGACCCAGGAAAAGAAUUAAGUGUAUACCCUUUCAAGAGAGACCCUACAUUUACACCAUCGAAAUGUCCAAACGGUUUCCAGAGAAGAUCGGAGGUAUCCAGGUGGUUUCGGGACAGGUACAUAGCUGACGUCAAAGUGCUACUGGACACCAGUGACGUAAAAGACGGACGAUUUCUGGACCUCAACAUUUUCAAGCUUCCCUUCGGCUACAAAACUGAGAGCAAAGAAACUGUGCAGAGCAUUCUACGUCAUACGGAUAAUGUCGAACUCUACCGCGGACGGAGAAAACCAUGCGUUAGGUGUGCUGUGGUCGGCUGCGGAGGGAUAUUAAACGGUUCAAGAAAAGGGGACGAAAUCGACAGCCACGAUUACGUUUUUAGACUGAACCAUGCAGAAAUCGGACCUCGCCACGCGCCCGACGUCGGCAACAGAACCAGUUUCUACAUAUUCUUCCCAGAGUCGAUUGACAAUAGGUUUCUGUUGAAUCAAGUAAGGAUAUUAGUAUUCUCAAUUCCUCUUGUAUACAUGUUUAUCUGUAUCAAUUCUCUACAUAGGAAAUUGCGCAAUCCCCAGAACGUGACGUCACACAACCUCCGCAUCGUCCACCCAGACUUCGUCCGUUACGCCUUCGUCAACUACCUGAACGCCACGUCCAGCCGUCCCACAACGGGCGCGCUGACGGUCUUCAUCGCCAUGCACGUGUGCGACGACGUCACGCUGUACGGCUUCGGCUACGACAAGAGGUUUUCCCUACACUACUACGACAAGAAGUUCGUCAACCACACGCAAUGGAAGACAGGCUCUCAUGACGUGGACAAUGAGAGAGUUCUGUGGAGCAAGUUACACCAAGAAAACGUCGUAACAUGGUACCAAAGGAACACUGCAUAAUAUAAUGAUAAUCAAACUGUUACAAGAUCUUACAAGAGGUUUUCCCGACACUACUACGACAAGAAUUUCGUCAACCACACGCAAUCUCGACGUGGAUAAUGAAAGAGUUUCGUGGAGCAAGUUACAUCAAGAAAACGUCGUAACGUGGUACCAAAAAUAGGAACACUGUACUACAUAAUGAAAAUUAAACUGUUCUCCAACUUAAAAAGAAAUUGAAUGGAAUUUUUAAAGCUGGAGAACAGUUUAAUUUUAAAUAUGUAAUGUACCAACUCGUAUCAAUUUUCAUACUUUAUUAUGUAAAUGUAUUAAAGGAGAGUUAUUGUAUUUUUCUACUCAAGAGCUAGAAAUAGCUAUAUCUGUAUGAAUGUUAUUCCAACUUAUCGUAGUUAAACAGAUAGAGGACGAAUAAGGAACAACACAUUACUCAUUUUCACAUGAGUUAAAGUGAGGAAAGUCGAGUAAAGUGCCUUUCCCAAGGGCACAAGAUCGCUGGCAUGUCAGGACUCGAAAUCUGGUUAUAACGUACAUGAUGAACUAGAGAAGUAACAUUUGCAAAGCAAAUGCAUAAUGUUUACCUUUGGACAUGGUCUGCC